UGUGUUCUGCACGAUCAGCCUUCAUCAUGGCUUUCAAUGCGCUAUGUAUUUGGAAAGGACUCCUUUUCGUUUCUUCGCUCUUCCUUUCUGUCCAUGGAAAAGCCUCAGGGCCGUCUUUCAUGGUGACGUUUCCUGCACUGAUCGAGUCGGGAUCUGAGGCUAAACUGUGUGCAAGUCUUCUCAAACCCAAUGAAAGCCUUGUUAUGAACAUUUAUCUGCUUGAUGGUGACCAGAGCACUUUACUGCUUCAGGAGAAAGCAGAGAAAGAGUUUCACCGCUGCUUUAACUUUCAGACACCUCAGGUUGAAGCAGAAUCAGUGCAGACAAUGAAGGUGGAACUUCAGGGGGAGAACUUCAAAAUGACCGAAGAGAGAAAAGUCUUGUUCAGACGUUACAACCCUUUGACUUUAAUCCAGACUGACAAGCCCAUCUAUAUUCCAGGACAGACAGUGAAUUUCAGAGUUGUCACCAUGGAUAAAACGUUUGUACCCUUUGAUCAGAAGUACAGUACAGUCGUGCUGGAGGACAAUCAGAAUAACAGGAUUGGUCAGUGGACAAAUAUUUCCUCAACAAGGUGGAUACUGCAGCUUUCUCAUCAGUUAAACCCAGAGGCCCGUCAAGGCAUUUACAAACUGAAGGCUUAUAUUGGUGAACAGGUGAUCACACAUUAUUUUGAGGUGAAGAAAUAUGUUUUACCCAAAUUUGAAAUGACCAUGAAUGCUCCAAAAGAAAUAAGUUUUGGUGAUAGCAAGAUGAAUAUGGAGGUUUGUGGAAAAUACACAUACGGUAAACCAGUGGCUGGUAAAGCAAGGGUGGAAGUAUGCCGGGAACAUUUGCAAUACAUUCCUCAAAUAUCACUAUGUUUGGUUGAAACUACUGAGAUGAAUACGAGGGGCUGUGCUUCUCUUACUUUGGACACAUCAGUGUUUUUUAACUCUAAAAAUGAGAGAUUUCUAAAAGAACAACUUACCGUAAAAGUGAAUGUAACAGAAGAAGGAACAGAAAACACCCUGGAGAAAUCUGCAACUAUAAGUCUGACAUAUGAAAGCGGUAAAGCUACGUUUACCGAGCUACCCAAAAUUUAUGAGCAUGGGUCAAUUAUACAUGGAAAAAUCAAACUUGCAAAUUUAAAUGGAGCACCUCUUCAAAACAAAGAAGUUUAUAUUUUGGAGGGUAAAAUGUGGUCCUCAAAACGGCUCUUAAAUCUCACUACAGACAGCGAUGGACUGGCCAGUUUCUCUCUUAAUACAUCUAGCCUUUCUAAAAGUGAUAUUAAUCUAAUGGCAAGUGCAUAUCCAGAGUUUAAGCUUCAAGGCUUUAAAAACCUAUACUUCUCUACAGAUGAAAAAACAAUUCGGCUUCUCAGGCCUGCCUCUUCAUACACCCCAACACUAAGUGAACUGAUUAUAGAGAAUAUUGAGCAACCAUUAAAGUGUGAUGCUGAGUUCACAGUGACCAUCAAGUAUUAUUUUAUUGGAGAGACUGUUGAAGACUUCAAAACUGACAUUGUCUAUAUAGUCUUGUCCAGAGGAGUGAUCGUUCAUCAUGGAUAUGAGAAAGUUGAAGUGAAGUCUUCUGAUGGAGCAGCAAAUGGCUCAGUGUCAUUCAAACUGUCUGUUCGUGCAGAUCUGGCUCCUGCAGUGCAAAUUCUGGCCUACUGUGUUCUGCCCAGUGACAAUGUUGUUACCGGUAGCACAAAAUUUGACACUGAAAAGUGUUUAAGAAACAAUGUUUCUCUGCAGUUUUCUCCUGCUAAAGCAGUUCCUGGUGAGAAAAACACUCUCCAGCUCUCAGCUCAGCCUGGUUCACUGUGUGGCCUCAGUGCUGUAGAUCAGAGUGUCCUGAUCCUGGAGUCAGAAAACCGUCUGGAUACUGACAAGAUCUUCAAUCUGCUGCCAGUACAGUCGGUAUCAGAUUAUCCUUAUAAUGUUUUGGAUACACAAGAGUGCCUAGAAAUUAGACCUCGUCGGGCUGUGUCACUAGACCAUAUUUAUGACAGCUUGAAGAAAGUGGGAUUGAAGAUGGCAACAAAUUUGCAUGCGAGGCAACCGCUUUGUCUGACAUACUAUGGCGUUACUUAUCACAGAGGUUUCCAAUUAGACAGGAUGGGCAGUCGUGUACAAGAAGCUGGUCGCCCAGGUGUGAAGACAGUUCGUACCUUUUUCCCAGAAACAUGGAUCUGGCAGCUCACUGAAGUGGGAGACUCUGGAUCAGCUCAGGUUCCUGUCACAGUUCCUGACACCAUCACCUCUUGGGAGACGGAGGCCUUCUGUCUGUCCUCCAAAGGUCUGGGUCUGGCUCCUCCUGCUCAACUAACAGUUUUCCAGCCCUUCUUCCUGGAGCUCUCUCUGCCUUACUCCAUCAUCCGUGGGGAGAUCUUUGAGCUGAAGGCCACUGUCUUCAACUAUCUGUCCAAGUGCAUCAUGGUUAAAGUGACUCCAGCUCCUUCCUCAGACUACACUCUCAAAGCCUCCUCUGAUGAUCAGUAUUCAUCCUGUCUGUGUGCUAAUGGAAGAAAAACCUUUAAAUGGAUCCUCACUCCUUCUGUUCUUGGACUCUUGAAUAUUACAGUCAGUGCAGAGGCAGAGGCGUCCCAGACUGUGUGUGACAAUGAGAUUGUGAGUGUGCCAGAGAGAGGACGCAUUGACACAGUCACACGAAGUCUGCUUGUACAGGCUGAAGGAACUGAAAAGACAGAGACCUACAGCUGGUUACUGUGUCCAAAGGGUGACAGUCUCUCAGAGGAAGUGGAUCUGACUCUUCCUAAAGAUGUGAUAGAGGGAUCAGCCAGAUCCUCUGUUUCAGUCAUUGGAGACAUAUUGGGUCGUGCACUGAAGAAUCUUGACGGAUUAUUACAGAUGCCGUACGGCUGUGGAGAACAAAACAUAGCUAUUCUUUCUCCCAAUAUUUACAUUCUGCAGUAUCUGGAAAACACAAAGCAGCUCACCUCAGCCAUCCGAGAGAGAGCCACUGGCUUCCUUAAGAGUGGAUACCAGAGACAACUGAACUACAGACUUUACAAUGGUGCAUACAGCACAUUUGGACAAGGAAAUGGGAAUACAUGGUUGACUGCCUUUGUCCUGAGGUCUUUUGGGAAAGCACAGAAAUACAUAUUUAUUGAUCCAAAAAUUAUUCAGAGUGCAAAGAAAUGGUUAAUAAACAAACAAGAUUCAGACGGUUGUUUUAUCCCACAAGGAAGACUGUUCAACAACAGAAUGAAGGGUGGAGUGAAUGAUAAUGUGACCAUGACUGCCUACAUUACUGCAUCACUGCUUGAACUGGAAACUCCAAUCACAGAUCCUGUCGUCACUAAAGGUUUGUCAUGCUUGAAGGCCGUCACUGAGGAUGUCAACAACAUUUACACCACUGCUCUGCUCGCCUACACUUUCAGUCUGGCUAGAGACACGGACACUCGACAGCAGCUUUUCAAGAAACUGGAAGGUGUUGCUAUUUCAGAUGGGUCUCAUCUCCACUGGUCUCAGUCUGGAUCUGCUGAUGACUCUGAUUCUCUGGCAGUGGAGAUCAGCUCAUAUGUGCUGCUAGCUGUUCUCACUACAGAUUCAGUCACUCCAGCUGAUCUGGGCUUUGCUAACAGGAUUGUCAGCUGGCUUGUGAAGCAGCAGAAUGCCUAUGGAGGAUUCUCCUCCACACAGGACACAGUGGUGGCUCUUCAGGCUCUGUCUUUGUACGCCACCAAAGUGUUCAGCUCUGACGGCUCCAGCACAGUGACUGUACAGUCAGCAGGAGACACUCACCACUUUGAUGUCAAUCAGGACAACAAGUUACUGUACCAGGAGAAGCAGCUGCAGAACGUUCCAGCCAAAUACAGCAUUGAAGUGAAGGGAUCAGCCUGUGUGUCUGUGCAGAUUGCUCAAUUCUACAACAUUCCCACUCCUACUGAAGCUAAAACAUUGAGCAUUGAUGCUAAGAUUGAAGGAGAUUGCAAGAAAACCUUUGGACAGGAUCUAUUGUUAAAUUUCACUGUGACAUAUAAUGGUCCACAGGCAAAAUCUAACAUGGUCAUUGUGGAUAUUAAGCUCUUAUCAGGAUUCACAGCUGAUACGUCAUUGCUUGAACCACCACCUAUUUCAAGAACAUCACUUGUGGAGCGGCUCGAUUCUAAAGAUGAUCAUGUCAUUGUGUAUCUGAAAGAGGUUCAAAAAAAUAUACCGGUGAAUCUCCAGAUAGAAUUAAAACAGGUUCUUCCGGUAAAGAAUCUCAAACCUGCUGUGAUUAAAGUGUAUGAUUACUACCAAACAAGUGAUCAGUCAGAGAUGGAGUACUCGUCCCACUGUGAAUGAAGUGUCAUGCUACAGUUCUGCAGCUUGUAUAAAGAUAAUAAAUUCUCACACAAUGUUUAAUGCUUCA